AUGAAGACUAUGAACUGGAUUCACGGCGUCCGCGCUGUACAGACUGUGCUUUCUGUUGCGGUGCUGGGAUUGAUGGCUUAUGUAUCAUCAUGGUGGGCGUCGCACUGGCGCCAAUCCUCACCCAUGGAGAUCAACUACCUCAUCUUUGCGCCCGCAUGGAGUAUCCUAGCGCUUAUCCCCAUCAUCGCAACGUCAACGAACAAAUACAAACACCUUGCUGAGCAGCCGAGUGUCAAGUGGGCGGUGCUGGGGCUGGAGGGCUUGACCAUGUUGUUUUGGUUUAGUGGAUUCGUGGCACUGGGUGUGUUUUUGAGUGGGAGGAUUUGCUUUGGUAUGGUCUGCGAUGUUGCCCGCGCGAGCACGGUGAUCAGCGCUGCGAAUUGGUUGGCGUGGGCUGUGACAUUUGUCUUUGGUGUCCUAGCUGCGAUCAAGUCAAAGAAUGCGCCGAUGCUGAAGCAAGUAGACAUGCAUCAAGGUGUCUAG